AUGCUUUUCCUCCCAGCUGCUACUCUGUGCUGUCUGUGUUCAGCGCUGGUUGCCAUGGCAGCACAGCUGAUUCAGGAUGGUUUAACACUGACCAAGAAAGCUGGUGAAAAAGUUUCCUUCAGCUGUCAAGGAACUGACCAGUGUGGCAACACUGAAUACCCAUAUGUAUGGUGGUUACAGAAGAAAGACACAGAAACAUUCACAAUGAUUCUUCGUAUUGACAGGACGAAUGGUAAAUUAUAUAAACGUUACAAUCACCCUCAGAAAGAUGAUUUCUCAGCUGUAAAGAAACAGAACCGCUGUGAGUUGCAGAUCCAGACAGUUAAACUCUCACAUUCAGCCACCUACUACUGCUGGUGUGAGAUAAAAGGUUCCCACAGAACUACCUACUACUACGGCAUUUUUGGCUCUGGCACUAAACUGUUUGUAGAUGAGCAGGUAGUGACGCCCGUGGUGAGCGUGUACCAAGCAGCAUCCAGAGCCCACCUGGAGGGGAAGAGCUCCCUGCUGUGUCUGGCCUCAGCCAUGUCUCCUCCUCUGGUCCAGUUCUCCUGGAAAAGAAAGAAGAAGAACGGCCAGCUGGAGGAUCUGACCCCCGCUGAGUUUGAGCAGCUGGAGCUCAGAGAGCCGGGACGCAGCGCCUCCAUCCUGCUGCUCCAUCAGCAAGAGGACAGCACAUAUAAAUACCGCUGCUACGUCAAGCACGAGGGGGGCACAUUUGAGGCCCAAACAGAAGAGUUUUCUACUUUUAUUCCACCACCACCAACCUCUCCACCAGCUCCACCAUCUCCAACAUCUCCACCAGCUCCAACAUCUCCAUCAGCUCCACCAGCUCCUGUCCCAUCUCAGUAUCAGGUGCUGCUGCUCUGUGUACUGUACACAGUGCUGAUAGUGAAGAGUCUGGUGUACUGCUGUGGACUCUCUCUGCUGAUGAUCCUCAGAAACAAGGGACCGUCCACCAACUGCACACAUGCUGACUGACUAACUGUCCUCCAGCUUUAACUUCUCACUAACUGUUCAAUCCUGAAGAUAAAGUCGACAGCUGAUCCUGAGGAAUCUGAGGAGCUCAUUAGCUUUUUCUUUAAAAUCUGUGACAAUGAAUUUAAGCUUUUAACAAGUAUUGA